CACAUGUCGAGGUGAAAGUGCGAGCUGCCAUCUUUCCGGAGGAGUCUCGCUGAGAGACAUCGGACACAGACUCUCUCCUCUGCAGCGGACCCGCUCAGCUGCUGGCGUCCUGGAGACUACACAAGAAGACUGAACCAGGACUACGGACUCUGGACUCGUUCAGACCCGGUCCGCAGGUCUGGGGUUGGGUUAGCCUCGGGACCAGAUGGCUGCUAGCUCUGCUAGCUCUGCUAGCUGAGCUAGCUGAGGCUGUAAACAAACACAGAAAGACACGCUCACAUGUCCGGAGCCCUGUAGACCUGUAGACCUGUAGACCCGAAGACCUGUAGACCUGUAGACCCGAAGACCUGUACCCGAGACCACGAGACACACACCGGGAGGAGGACCGGAGGACCGGGAGUGAGGAGGACCGGGAGGAGGAAGAGGAGGAGGAGGAGGAAGAGGACCUGGUUGGCGCUGCAGGUUUUGCGCCACAACUUCAGUUUUGAUGACAGUGCGAGUUUCUCCAAACCAGGUCCGAGCUCAGAGGCUCUAGAGCGGGUCAGUCUCUGGUUCUGGGUUCAGGUCUCUGGUCUCAGGUUCAGGUCUCUGGUCUUGGGGUUCUGGUCUCAGGUUCUGGUCUCUGGUCUUGGGGUUCUGGUCUCUGGUCUUGGGGUUCUGGUCUCUGGUUCUGGUCUCUGGUUCUGGUCUCUGGUUCUGGUCUCUGGUCUCUGGUUCUGGUCUCUGGUUCUGGUCCUGGUCCUGGUUCAGGCUCCCUGUCCACCGACAUGUCGUCCUUCUCGGAGGCGGCUCUGGAGAAGAAGCUGACGGAGCUGAGCAGCUCUCAGCAGAGCGUCCAGACUCUGUCUCUGUGGAUCAUCCACCACAGGAAGCACUCCGGACCCAUCGUCAGGGUCUGGCACCGAGAGCUGAAGAAAGCUAAAAGCUCCAGGAAGCUGACGUUCCUGUAUCUGGCCAACGAUGUCAUCCAGAACAGCAAGAAGAAAGGACCCGAGUUCACCAAAGACUUUGAGACCGUCCUUGUCGAUGCCUGCUCCCAUGUGGCCAGGGAAGCAGAUGAUGGAUGUAAAAAGCCCAUGGAGAGACUGCUGAACAUCUGGAAAGAGAGAGCCCUCUACAGAGGAGACUUCAUUCAGCAGCUCAAACUGGCCAUAGAAGACUCUAACAGCCCCAGGCCUUCAGAAGAGAAGAAGGCUGUGAAAAGAAGCUAUCAGAAGAUCCAGGAAGAAGACGACGAUGAAGAUGACGACUACAGAAGCCACGCUUCCCCUCACAAUGCAGACAUCUCCGCAACUCAACUGACCGAGGAGCUAGUGAAAGCCCUACAGGACUUGGAGAAUGCUGCCUCAGGCGACGCAGCAGUUCGUCAGAAGAUCGCCUCGCUGCCGCAGGAAGUCCAGGACGUUUCCCUGCUGGAGAAAAUCGGUGACAAGGAGGCAGCAGAUAAGCUGUCGAAGACGGUGGACGAAGCCUGUUUGCUGCUGGCGGAGUACAACGGCCGACUGGCUGCAGAACUGGAGGACCGGAGGCAGCUGGCUCGCAUGCUGACUGAAUACAUCAACAGCCAGAGGGAUGCGCUCAUGGAGAGAGAAAAGAAACUAGAGGAGUAUAAGCAGAAACUGGCGAGAGUAACCCAAGUUAGGAAAGAGCUAAAGUCCCACAUCCAGAGUCUUCCUGACCUCUCCCUCCUGCCCAAUGUGACCGGGGGUCUGGCCCCGCUCCCCUCGGCCGGAGAUCUCUUCUCCACCGACUGAGAGGUCUUUGCCAGGAAAAACCACCCCCAUGCCCCUCCCUACCCAAACCCAGCCACAUGUUUGAUUCACAGAACAAUUCCAGCUGUGUCACCAGUCAGAGUGCACAUGUGGUGAAACCUCUCUCUGCAGCAGGUCACCUGCUAUCUUCAAUCCUGCGAGACAAGAGUGAGGAAGGGACAUUGGAAGAAAGAUUUGGUGAAAUCAAAAUGCUCUGCAGAGGAGAACAGACUCUGUUGGCCUGGAUCUGUCCAGCACUAGCUCGAUCGACAAGGAUUCCACUCCACCAGCUUAGAACGAGUUUGUUUCCUGUUUGUUUUUACUUUUUUUAGGAGGAGGGGCGGGUUAAAGAAGCAAUGCUUAGUCAGACAUAAAUGUUGGCUGUAACGACGUGUCAAUCAAAGUGUCUUUCUGUGUGGUAUAUUGAGGAUUCUGUGAGCUAAGGAGGGCCGUUUGCUCUCACAGCUCUCAGAGGUUGUGGCUACACUGUGAAAAGGAUGUACCAUUAAUUAGUUUUAAUUUUUUUGUUUUUCAGUUGGUGGCUUUUUAUCGACCAAUAGGUGGUCUUGAUGUGUAAAAUUAGAGAAGAUCUCAUUAGAUUCGGUUCAGUGCAUGUUGCUUUUUGGUUGCUUCAUGGACGCAUGUGGUCGACCGUUUCUAGUCAGCACACUCAUUUCAGUAACACUUCAUAGAGACAUCAUUAAAUAGUUUUUGUCCUCAUAGUAAAUGGCAAUAGACAUGCUCUGGUUUGUUUUUUUUGUCCCCAUUUGCAAGCGUUUCUCUCGUUUACAGACUAAAACUUUGUGAUUCAAAGUUCCCAUUUGUUUUUCAUGCAUUCAUUUGGACAGAUGCUUGAAAUAUGGUAAUUAUGUUAUAAGUGUGUACUAGACAAGGUUUGAGUUUUACAAAUAAAUCCUGGAAGAUUGAGGAAACAUUUCAAAACGUGAUUGAUUGUUUUCCCAUAGACUGUCUGGUCUUUAAUUGAAUGAAACCCUAAAACUCCAAAAUACAAUAUCUACAAUAACGGAUGAGAAACAAAUAAAAAGUAUUAAAGAUUAUUAAGUUUUAGUAUGCAGAGCUGGGCAACAUAGAAAUACGGAAAUAUCAAGAUAAGUAGAGCAGAAGAAGACCUUUUAUAUAACCUGUUUUUGUUAUAAAAACAAACAUUGGAUGUUUAAAGAUUCACAAUUCAAUUCUCACAAUUGGUAUUGGUAUUAAAAGGAUGAAUACUAAUGUAUACAUAUUGCUUAGUCCUACCCGUGUGUAGACACUCAGUGAUGAAAUAUUUUACUUAAGAAAAGCAGCAACAAUGAGGACACAAACCAUAUCCCUGAAAUUUUGAUAUUUAGGAGAGGAAGUGUGAGUUAUUUCCAAAUCAACAGUUUCAUAUGAUUCACUUAACAGUUCUCUUACAAGGCCUGAACAAUAUGUAUAAUUUGUUUAGCUCAUAUUUGAUUGUCAGUUGUCUGUAUACAGAAAAAUGAUAUUUCUAAAGGUUUUAUAAAACUUAAUAAAAAUGGUUUACUUUCCC